AAAGUGGCAAAACGGCGGGUAUUUUCAAAGGGGUCUCUGUGGAAUAGACGCAGCCGAGGCGUCUGACAACGCACGGCGAAGUUUGGCGAGACUCGCUUUCUAAUUGUCUUCAAAAUGGCUGCCAUUUGUGGAAAUUUUUAAUGAGUGUCCCUUGAUUUUCCUUAAAAAAGAGUUUUUCAGUGACUUUGGAGUGCUUUAGCGAGUGCCGUGACACGUGGUGGGUGAUCUCUGGCGUGGACAUGGUGUGAAAAGUUGCGGAAAAGGGUGUGCAGAAUGAUAAAUUUGCUGGUUGUAAAGGCCAAAGGAGGUUGAUUGACAUUCAAUGUCAGUGGAUUUGUGGGAAAAACUUUCGCAAUAAUGAAAAGGAGCAAGAAGGGCGACAUGUCCAAGAACAAAUAUCACGAGAGUGGAUUUUUUGAAGAAAACAACUUUGUGGAGUACAUCAAGGCGGGAUCAGUAGCUAUGAGGCCAAAGACUGCACACGCUGUCGCGUCCAAGUACAGUGAUGCGAAGGAGAUGCAACGGAGUCAGGGCAGUCAGUCGCCGCCAGCUCACCAGCAGCCGAAGCACCACCAGGAGGGCAAGGGGCGGCGUGGCAAGAAGGCGGCCCCGCACGCGCCCGCCGCGGGGAUACUGAAGAAGGGCCCGCAGACGCCCCGCACGAACAUGUUCGCGCGGAGCGGCCAGGAGGCCGAUCUGGGUGUCUCCUCGACGUCCCGCCAUGCCUACCGGGAGCCCCGGAAGUCGGGCAACAGCGAGAACGGCGUCGACGGCGAGUACCACAUCGUCAUCGACACGGACGACGAGGAGGAGGCCGAGCAGGGCCUCCAGAGUGUCCCCGCCAGCGCGGACGCCGACGCCAGGAGAACCAAAGUGCCCCCAGCGGAGCAGCGGAGCGACUCCGUGGUCUGCGUUGGCACCUACAGCAAGAGUGACUUUGACCUGGAACAGACGUCGAGAAUCAGGAACAAUGUGGUGCUGCGGCCAGAAGAUAAGGUGGACAUUUCUCACUUUGAUAUUUUGAAAGUGUUGGGCACAGGCGCUUACGGUAAGGUGUAUUUGGUGAGAAAGAGCGGCGGAGUUGAUCACAAUAAGCUGUAUGCGAUGAAAGUGCUGAAAAAAUCAAAUCUCAUACAGAAGAAAAAGACAGCAGAACACACGAGAACAGAGAGACAAGUCCUUGAAGCUAUAAAGGACAGCCCGUUCCUGAUUGACUUCCACUAUGCUUUUCAGACGGAAUCACGACUUUAUUUAAUCAUAGAUUAUGUGAGCGGAGGUGAGCUUUUCACUCAUUUGUACACACGGGAAAACUUCACGGAAAACGAAGUUAGGAUCUACAUAGCAGAAAUUGUAGUUGCUCUGGAACAACUACACAAGUUGGGAAUAAUUUAUCGUGACAUAAAGCUGGAGAACAUCCUUCUGGACGCUGAUGGUCACAUUGUUAUUACGGAUUUCGGGCUGUCGAAGGAAUUGACGACGGACAAGAAUGGGCGCGCUUACAGCUUUUGCGGCACGAUUGAGUACAUGGCGCCGGAAGUGGUGAAGCAGCAGGGCAACAUGGGCCACGAUUUCGCCGCCGAUUGGUGGUCAGUGGGCGUGUUGGCGUACGAGUUGCUCACUGGCUCGUCGCCAUUCACGCACGAGGGCGAGAAGAACACUCAGCACGACAUAUCGCUGCGUAUACAGAAGGGACCACCGCCGUUGCCGGACAGACUGAGUGCUGAGGUGAGGGAUUUCAUCUCGAAGCUCCUGAUAAAGGAUCCAAAGAAGCGCCUAGGUGGCAGCAAAGUGGAGGCGACGGACAUCAAGUCGCAUCCAUUCUUCAGGCGCAUUGACUGGGAGAAGUUGGUGCGCAAGGAGAUUCCGGCGCCAUUCAGGCCGCCCAAGGACUACGAGACGGACACGAGUAACUUCAGUGAGGAGUUCACGCGACUGCCCAUCGCAGAGUCACCGUGUCCAGUGCCACCGAAUCACGAGAGACUCUUCCGUGGGUAUUCGUUCGUGUCGCCACACCUGCUGCGCCUCAAGGCUGUGUUCAAUGGUCACAUGUUGCACAGUCCGACGGGGAUAAAGCCGAAGCUGAGUGACCUGAAGACGAUGCAGACGAGUGAGUUGCCUUUCUUCCAGAAGUAUGAAAUUGACUUUCGUGAGUGCAUCGGCGAUGGCUCCUUCUCCAUUUGCCUGAAGUGCAUCAAGCGCACGACACGAGAGGUGUUUGCUGUGAAAAUACUCAGGGCGUCACACGAUGCCCAGAGUGAGAUAGAUAAUCUAAUUGCAUGCCAGGGACAUCCGCAAAUUGUCCGCUUUGUUGAGGUGAUACGCGAUCAGGCGUUCACGUAUAUUGUGCUAGAGCAUCUCGAUGGCGGUGAGUUGUUUAAGCGCAUUCAGCAAUCGAGGCGAUUCACGGAAAUUGAGGCAUCGGGAAUUUUUACGCAAAUUGUGAAGGCAGUGCAAUUUAUGCACUCAAAGAAUAUCGCUCACAGAGACUUGAAGCCGGAAAAUGUGAUUUUCGCCAGUAAGAAGUCCAAUUUGGUGAAAGUGGUGGACUUUGGAUUUGCCGUGAGGCAAGAUCCGUCACACGUGAGUGUGCCUUCGUCUGCAUUCACGCUGGAGUAUGCGGCUCCGGAGGUGCUGAGUAAGACAGCCAUAGGCGAUAAGGUGCACAUGGAGGCGUGUGAUCUCUGGUCACUCGGUGUCAUACUGUACACAAUGCUGUGCGGACAGAGUCCCUUCAGGCCGCCCACGGGCUCGGAGGAGAGCAUCUCAGGGCUGGUGGAGAAGAUCAGGCGUGGGGAGUUUGACACGAAGACGCCCGCGUGGAGAAUUGUGAGUUCAGCCGCGAGGGAUUUGGUCACACGGUUGCUGACAGUUGAUGCGGAUACGCGAAUGGAGAUGAGUGAAUUGGUGAAUCACACGUGGCUUCAGGGCACAACGCUGCGUAAGUCACAGCUCACGCAUCUCACAUUGGCACAGGAUUUGGCGGCGUUGGACAUGAGUGUGAAGCACAUCUUUGACGCUUAUAAGCAUGCCCAGUCGAAGGGCUUUUCCAUGUUUGAGGUGGAGAAUGCGAAGUUGUCGCAGCGACGCCGGCAUAAGAAUCACAUGUCGGGCAACUCAAUGGCCAGUCACAGUAGUGAGAGUGAUUUGGGCAGGAGCAAGAGUUCCAGCGGUGUUGUCACGUCUGAUCUCAAUAAUCGUUCUCUGAGUGUCGACACGAGUUCGGACAUUGAGAUUGUGGCGGAGUUCACAGUUGAGGACUAUCCAGCGGACAUGGUGACGUUGAAUAACAAUGAUGAGGCUACAAAGGAGGCAAUCCUGCCGCUGGAGAAUGACGAUGAGGAGGAGGAGGAGGAAGAGGAAGAGGAAGAGGAGGAGAGCCAUGUGAAUGAAUCCUCGCAACAGACUGAAGAUAUUGACGUGGAGAGACAUAGUACAAUAGACUUGGGUGUGAAGCAGUUGCCACAGCGUGAAUUGCCGCCACUCGAGGGCAUUUCGGUGGCGUCGAAGAGGAUUUUGGUGCAUCAGAUGCCAAACAUGCUGGAUGGAUUUCGCGAUAGUGGCGCUGGUGAGACAACGAUCAGUGUGCCAGUGGAGCGUGAUAAUGGUUUCAGUGAGGAGGACAUUCGGGAUGGCUACAGGAUGUCGCUGAAGUAUCAGGAGGUCUGUAUGACCAUCUACAGCAGUCAGAGGCGAUCUGCGGUGGGGCAGAAGAGGAAGAAGCAGAGGCAGACCAACAAUGCGAAGGCGGCGAAGGUGCCGAAGAUCGAGCACAAGCCGAAGGCGCCGCCGAGUCCUGUGAAGGUGUGCCAGAGGAUAACGAGGCGCAUGCGGCGCGAGGAGAUCUGCGGACGGGAGGAUCUGUUCAAGGACCACGAAACCUUCUACUACAUUCAACUGCUGUGAGAAUAAGUGACAUCUUGAGCUGGAUUUUGCAGAGAAUCCGUACGCCAAAUGAGAGUACGGAAGUAUAAAACAAAACCUAUUUUUUCUAAAUAUUGUUCUUUUUUCCUGAAUAAUUAACACCUAUAAUUUGAAAUAAUGGAAGUUAGUAGAGUAGUUAAAUAGUUGUUUUUUUUUGUAAAGAUGGAUUUUUGAGUAGAGAAAGAGAGAGAGAAAGAGGAACGAAUGGGAGGCAACUGUACGACAAAAGGAGGGCCCAAAGAGUGUCCCCAAAUCCAAUAUUUAUGUACAUAUGAGCAGCCAGAGUUAUUGAAGAGAUAUAUUCAAUUAUUAGUAAUUAAACUUUGAGAGAGAGACAGAGUUUUAGGGUUUAAAUGUAUUAAGCAUGGAUAUAUUAUUUAGUUAAGGCCACAAUUACUUGUAAAUGAAAAAAAGGAAAAUGUGGUGGAAAGAAAAAAAUUAUGGAAUUUUUGCUCUAACACUGAAGUGCACUUAAAACAAAAUAAGAAAAAAAAGAAAUGAGAGUUCUACCAAAAGAAGUAACAUAUUAGGUGAAAAAAAUUUAAUGAAAAAGAAGUGAAAGAAAAUCUCAAGUAUAUAGAAAAAAAGGAUACUUUUAAAUAUUUAAUCAAAUUUUAUAAUAAUUUCACAAUUUAUCGCGAAAAUACUGAGAGAAAAUCAAACGAAAUCAUGAUUUUUUCGUUACACAUUUACUAAAUUAAUCUUAUAGCGUUUUAUUUGUUUCCAACAUCAAUUACGGCCAUUCGUUUCUUUAUUUUUCAAAUGUCUUUCAAAAAAAGGAAAAUGCAAUAAUUUUGCGAUUUUGGGGGGGAAAUAAGAGAGAUUUUUGCUUGUUAGCUUACGCGAAGGGUUUUGCCUUAUACUUGAAAUGAUAAGGCAACUGUUGUUAACAGAUUAUUAUGAAAAUAAUAUAUAUGGACCAAAUGCGACUUGAUUGAUGAACAGCGGGUAGAAUAUAUAGCCCAGAAAACAUGUUUCUUUUCUAAUUUUCACACAACACACGAAGUAAAUAAAUAAAAUAAUCCGGAGAUUCCUUGUAAUAGCGCAAUUUUACCUACAAAGAUGCAAAUGUGAAGAUAAAAACGUGCUUAACUUUUACCUUAAAUGGGAGAUUAAAAUGUCGCUCUCACUUUGAGUAAAAAGUUACGGCGGAAAAACUAAACUGUUGUUCAGCAAAUUUAUUGCUCCAAUUGAUUUUUACCUAUAAAUGGAAUUGAAAUUUAAUUUUAGUUGUUUAGAGAAUACACAGAAAUUGUAUUUUUAUAAUGAUAGAAAGAUGAGAAAAUUAUAAUUUUGGGUUUUUUUUGUUAGUUUCAUAACGUUAUGUUUUAUUUAUAAUACUGAAGUAAACACAGAAUAAAAGGAAUUAAAAAUGACAGUAAAA